AUGAAGCAUCUUAAGGACUCAACAACAGAUGUUUUUAAGGAAAAUGCCAAACUUCAAGAAAACUGUAAGCAGCUUUUACGAGACACUGACGCACUCAAGGAACAAGUGAGUAAACUUAAUAAACAGAAAAUUAAAGUUGAAGAGUCUGUGGCACAUGCAGAACAACUUGUAAAUGCAAGGAAGAUCACAUCAGGUCUAACUGAAUGCUUGCUAAAGAUGAAAGUCUGGGCUAUUCUUGAAGAACACAUGACAUAUAGUCACUUGCAAUCAGCAAUGAAGAGUGGAUCAGGAAAUGGUGCUCUCUUAGAUAACCAGACAGAAGAAUCUUUGUGA